UUUCCGAGGUCGCCUGCCUUCCUGGGCCUUCUCAGGCGGCCACACUACGUCCUGAGGGGGGGCUGCAUCUUCCAGGGGGAGCUGGCAUUAUGGAAGAGGCAGCCUGGCAAGCUGCGCUGCCUUGCUCAACUGGCAGCAGACGGGGCGGGUGGGUGUCUAGCUUCGGCAGUCUGUCGAGCAAGGAAAGGGUUUGCAGCCCGGGCAGUAGCCGCUCCGUGGGGGGAAGUCCGGUGGCAGGAGCCCGGAGCCGCCCUUCCCGCGCCUCGUCGGGGCCUGGGAGCGCCCAUGCGUCGGCGGCCUCCUCCUCUCGCCUUCCUGCACCCGCCCGGGAGGCCGGAGCCGCCAAGGCAGCCGCGGCCAGGCCGGAGGCGGGACCCGUCUUCUCCCCCCGCCCCGCCGUGCUCAAGGAAAGAGGCCUGCAGGCUCCAGCGCCGCCGCUUCCUUCUCGGCUCGGUUCCUGACGCUCCCCGGUUGCGGCGGGGGCUGCCGGCCGGGUCCGGGCGACCCUCUCCGUCCUGCAGCAGCAGCAGCGGGGAGUGCCGCCUGCUCCGCCGUCCGCGCAGGAUGGAUCAGUCGGUGCCCAUCCAGGAAUCGCUCUCGGCGGGGGAGACCUGCCUGGUCGCGGUGCAGGGGCUCCUGGCUGGUGGGGAGAGCCGGCUGCUGGGCCUGGUGGAGAGCCACGGCAAAGCCAUGUAAGUCCGCCGCGCCCGGCAGGUGGGACAGGUGAGACAGGAUCUGCCUGUACAGCCACCGGCGCAUGGCCAUCACCGCCGAGGACGUGCGCCUGGAGAAGGUCCUGCUCCUUCAGGAAGGCUUUGCCGUGGAAGAAG